UUAGUAGCUUUGGCAAUGGAUAUUUCAUUUGAUUUUAGUAAAAAUUGUUAUUUUGAAAAACAAUAACCGAUUAUUCCUAAGUUCAUAUUGAUAUUUGAAAACAAUUCCAAAAUUGUUGCAAAUGGAUACACAAAAUUUAAGUCAUGACAAAGAUUCUUGUGUGAGCCAUCAUUCUAUGCAAAAUUUGUACAAAAUGCGAUUGAAUAACUUACUAUGUGACGGAACGAUAGUCUUAGAAAAUGGAACCAAAAUUAACGUGCACAGGCCAAUACUGUGCGCUUGCAGUGACUAUUUCAAUUCAGCAUAUAAUUCCGCGUUCAGUGGAACACCGACAAUGAUCAGAAUUAGCGGAAUCAGUGAUUACGUGAUGGAUAAAAUAAUCGAUUACGCAUACCUUAGAUCAUGUGACUUGACCGAAGAAAAUGUUUUUGAAAUUCUUGUCGUAGCUGACUAUUUAGCGCUCAAAAGUUUGAUGAACUAUUGCAUCCAGUGGAUAGUCGACCAUUUGAAGCCCGAAAACUGUGUCAAUGUUAUGCGAUUUGCAUUCGCAAGAGGACUAACGAAAGAUUUGUACGCCAAAGCUAAACUUUAUGUUUUACGAAAUUUCGAAGAAGUUGUUGCCAAGAGUGAUGAAUUGCUGGACAUUUCUAUCGAUGAAUUGUAUCAAAUUAUGAACAGUGAUCUGCUGAAUAUUAAAGACGAAGCACUAGCCUGGGAAGGCAUUUUGCGUUGGAUUAAAUACGAUGCUGAUCAACGAAUACAACAUGUACCAUUGUUGUUGACUACAGUUAGACUAGGUAUUUUACAGUUUCAGUAUUUCAUGGAAAAUGUUAAGAAUCAUGUUUACGUGAAACACAACAAAGACGCACAUCCAAUCAUAUACGAAGUUCUCAGCUUUUUGGAAGACAUGAAUUCGGUGUCGAUGAGAGAAUAUCAGCAGAUAAUUACACCGCAUAUAGCAAUGCCAAGAAUUCCACAUGAUAUCAUUUUCUUAACUGGUGGAUGGCAUUACAAUCAUCCGGUAGCGACUAUACAAGCCUAUGAUACUAGAGCCGAUCGUUGGAUAGACGUUCCACAUGAAGAUCCGGCAGGACCAAGAUCUUUUCACGGAUCGGCUGUAGUUGGAUACAAAAUCUAUGUAAUUGGUGGCUUUGAUGGCGAGAUUUGGUUCAACACUUGUCGCGUAUUCGAUGCUCUCAGCAAAACAUGGCAUGAGAUAUCACCAAUGCAUUCUCCACGCUGUUAUGUUUCUGUCGUUGAACUGAAUGGAUUGAUUUAUGCAUUAGGCGGAUAUGACGGUAAGAACCGGUUAAAGUCAGCAGAACGAUAUGAUCCAGCCACGAAUCAAUGGACCUUGGUUGCGAACAUGAAUUUUUUGAGGUCGGACGCGCAUGCAUGUACAUUGAAUGGAAAGAUUUACAUAACAGGCGGUAUAACCGGUCAAAUAUGCCUUAGCAAAUGCGAAUAUUAUGAUCCGCAGACAAAUCAAUGGACGAAUAUUGCCGAUAUGUCUAGCAGACGAUCGGGUCUGACGUGCAUUAGUUUCAAAAACUGUGUCUAUGCUAUGGGCGGUUUCGAUGGACACUCCAGACUUCGUUCUUGUGAAAGAUAUGACCCGGUCGAAAAUAAAUGGACUGAUAUACCGAAUAUGUCUUUCAAGCGGAGUAACUUUGCAACUGAAAUUCUUGAUGAUAUGAUUUACGUUAUUGGCGGUUAUAACGGUCGAACGCUCAGUAACAAUGAAUGCUUUAAUGUGGCUAAGGACGUAUGGCUUGUCGCAACCAAUUUGAGUUCUCCACGCUCCGGCCUUAAAGCUAAUGUAAUUAAAGGCUUACCGAAUGUUAGUGACUACAUUUACAAAAAUCGAGAAUUUCUCAUCGAAGAGCAACGUUUGAAUAACAUGAUCAACGCGGAGUUGUUGCACAGAUUUAGAAAUUUAACUUUUUAAAUUUAUCAAAUAAAAAAUUGA